UCUUCCUCGCAGGCGGACAACUUCAUCCGAGCGAAUGCCUGCAAUAAACUGACCGUCAUUGCCGAGCAGAUCCGGUACUUGCAGGAGCAGGCUCGGAAGGUCUUGGAUGAAGCUAACAGAGAUGCUGAUCUGCACCAUGUGGCCUGCAACCUUGUGAAGAAGCCAGGAAACAUUUACUACAUGUACAGGCGGGAGAGUGGCCAGCGAUACUUCUCCAUCCUGUCUCCCAAGGAAUGGGGGACCAGUCCCCACGAAUUUCUCGGUGCCUAUAAGCUCCAGCACGACAUGUCCUGGACUCCAUUUGAGGACAUUGAGAGACAAGAUGCUGAAAUAAACAUCCUGGAUAAGCUGCUGAGCCGGCAAGCUGCGCUGCCACCGUGUACGGAGCCCAACUUCCAGGGCCUGACCAAGUGA